AUGUCAUCCUCAGCAGGCCGUAGGACAAAGCCUGCUCACGUUCUCGACUUCUUCCACGAUAAGAAUGAUGAUUCUGCUUUAACGGUUUUCGCCAAUGGAGUACGUUUUCACGCCUUUGUCGAUUUCAAGAGGAUCAAGGGUGCUGCAGAGGGGAACGACAAGGCUGUAGAAGAGUACUCAAAGCUUAUCAAGAUGGUCAGGGGUCGUUCACAAAAAGACCAGCCGCAAAGAUCGGAAGAUACGAAGGCAGACCAUGGAGACGAAGCAACAUACUGCGUUCCCACUGCCGGAUCUCAUGACAGUGGUGUUGUACUAGAAGACAAUGACAAAGCAGAGAACGAUUCAGAGGAGAAACUUCAGGCCUGGAUACUCUCCCACCUGGAAGCCGAGAUCGACAAAUUCGCUCCAUCAAGGAGUGAGAUGCAAACAGCCAACGUAUAUGAUUGGUACCACCCCUCGACACACUUUUACGCUUUACAGUACACGGACGGCGACAUUGUACCAAGAGAACUGGAGGCGACACCUGCACUUCGAUUCAAGAUGGACAAUCUCCUGCCAAAUGUCACUCUACCAAAAAACAUCCUGAAUCUAAACAUACCCUCGAUCCAAGCAUCAGAGUUGGAAAUAGUCGAAACCUCUGGCCCACUACCCACCCUUGUCCGGCACAACGACAACCUUUACUUCCUCAAGGUUGUUGAUCCAACUCAGCCCGCGCCAACAAAACGCGAGAUCAAGAUCAUGAAGCACAUCGAGAAGCUGAACCUACACAAGGAGAUGCGAGUGCCCCAAGUCAAAGGUCUGGUAUCCUUCUCAAAUUCCAGAACCGAUAUCAUGGGAUUCCUACAAACACAUAUCGAAGGAGCCGAGCCACUUACUCAUCUUCUCGAUUCUGAUGUCCCUCAGUCCAAACGCGAUGGCUGGGCUACUGAAUCCGAGAAGAUGGUGAAGCUUCUACACAAACACGAUCUUGUGUGGGGCGAUGCCAAAGCUGACAACUUCAUGGUGGAUAAAGACGACAAGCUUUGGAUCAUCGACUUUGGAGGCAGCUACACAGAAGGAUGGAUAGAUCCCGAGUUGAAUGAGACCGUCGAAGGCGAUGACAUGGGCACGAAGAAGAUCGUGAACGCAUUACAUGAUCCAGAUGCGAACACGUUUGAUCUUGACGACACCACGGCGGCUGAGGAGAAUGGUCUCAAACGCAGGCAUUCUGAAGAAGAAGAUCAAGAAGAAGUCUAUACUGACAAGAAAGCAAGGGUGGAGUAA